AUGAUGUCAAAAUCAGGCCAAAACAGUCACCAAACUGACAACGAACCAAAUAACAAAAGUGACGUUUCAAUUGAGAGAGCCUUGAAUGAAGUUGGGGCUCAAACUAAAGCAGUAGUAAAUGAUCUUUUGAAUGAUAAGGUGCUGCCAAAAUUAAAUCACCCCCAGGACAAUGCUAGAAAAGUUAUCAAUUCUAGAGAUUUUGACUUGGGGAUUGGAAAGAGUUCUUCGGCUGCAAAAUCGGCUCCUUUUGAUACCACACCACCCAGGAGUACACCGACAUUGAGUGAGAACAUUGACGAUCAGGGUGAAGCUGAAAAAGAAGAGAAUGGCUUUACAGAGGGAUUGGAUUCAAAAUCGUGCAACGAGAAGGUCUCUGAUUCGAAAAGGGAUAAACAAUCAUUGACAAAGCAUAGCGUACAUGAAGAAACGAAGCGUAAUAAGAACCUUGACCCAAACAUCAAAGCCAGCGACGAAGCAGCAAAUUCAGAUGGUUUGCCGUUGGAUCAGACAAAUGGAGACAACGAUACUCCCAUUAACGGUGGUACACCAGGUGAAAAGCGUGCUAUUGGCGAUUCGCAAAGUGCUAAAUCAGUGGACUCUACAAGAUGGGGCAAGCCGUUUGUGAAUAAAAUCAAGACAUGGCUUGGUGGAACUACGGUUCUGCGAAACUCUGAAGGAGCACAAGAUUCCAGUGAUGAAGAUUCCGAAAGCAUGACUCCAGAUCACCAGUUGAUGGAGUUGCCAAGUAUUCCAGUUCAAUUUCGUCCAAGAGAAAUCAACGGGUUUGGAAUCCUCUCGAAAUCUCAAACUUUGCCAAUGAAAACAAAGAAGCAGUAUCAAAACCUUUUAAAUAGUGGGCUUGGUUGUACAUUGCAAUUUUGCAAAUAUUUGGAAAUUAUGAGUGAAAAAUCAAAAAAACAAGAUAUUACAAAGUCUUUUGCACUUCAGUUUGCUAGGAUGCACUAUGAAUUAACCUUCACAAGUGCUUAUUUGAAAACAAAUGAGGAUAUUGAUACUGAGAUUUUGUUGCAGUUGAAAAUUUUGUUCAAUGAUUUGUUUAGCAAUAAUUACAUUAUUUGGAUAGUCAAUAAGUUUGAGUAUGAUGAUUUUGGAAGAAAGUUUAGGAAAACAAUCGCACAGGUGUUGCGGGAUGAAUUUCAAUAUGAUGUCAGUUAUAAAAGAGAACGCUUCUAUAGGGAUGUUGUUGCUGCAAGUUUGACCCAAUGGAAGAAAAAUAUCCCCUUCCCUGAAAGAGUAUUAUAA